AUGGCCGCCGGCAACAAGGCAGCUGGCAAAAAAGCUGGCGCUCCGUCGUUCGACUCUAUUAUCGAAGCUGAACGCCUCAGUCGCAGAAAGAAAGAACACCAGACCUUGGCAGAUCAGCUUUUAGGCAGUGGAAGCAGAAGAGCCAGCGCGCCAGGGCCUGGCAUUGGGAGCAAGAAGGCGCCCGCUGAAAGAAGCCUGGCAAGCAGAAUUGGCAUCGUCAAGCGCUCUGCAUCGACAUCCGCAAAACCGAAACCCAACACAAUCGCUACCGCUCGUGCCACAACCUCCAAGCGACCCGCGCCUGCUAGCUCACGUCGCACGCGGGAAGACCGAAUGCAAGCAGAUAUCGAUGGCGAAAAAGACGUGAACUUGAAGAAUCGCAACCCCGAGAUUUCAAUCAGAGGCUCUGGCACCGGCCCUUUUGUCGUGCUUGCAAGAAACUUCGCUCCGGGCACAAAUGCUGCCGAUAUUGAAGCUGCAUUAGAGCCGGUUGCUGGACAUAUCGUCGGCGUUAAUCUAACGUCGUAUAAGCCUUAUGUCAAUGCUCAGAUCGCCUGCGCAGAAAAAUGGGGUGCGGAGGCCAUUGUAGCACAAUUCAAUGGCCAGAAGGCGGAUGGCAGGGUACUUUCAUUAGAAUACAAGGGUGCUGGAAGUGCCUACUUCAACUCCUCAGCUCCAACUCGUGCUGCUGCUCCCAGUAACUACGAUGCCUUUAGACAACAGGCAGACCGCGAACGUCGAGAAAACAAGAAGGCAGAACCUCAAGUCCAGGAUGGGAGACAUGGGUUCAAUGAUGCCAGAGGACGCCGCAAACGAGGCGAUGGUCGCUCCCAUCAGAAAACAACUGGACUGUACAGCGACGAAAUGAUGGUCGAUGCUCCUGCUGUGCCAAUUUCACAACGGGGCCGUGGAUUUCGCUAG